CGCCAUGGAGAAGAUGGAGGAGUUUGUGCACAAAGUAGGCAUCAUUGGGCUGUUCCAGAAGGCAGGAUCAUUAAGUUAGCCAGCUAACUUUGAUAAGCAGCCAAAUGUAUCUCUUGAUUUUCUGAUUCAUUGAGAAAGCUAAACUUGAAAAUGGGUUGUUGGUUGUCGAGUCAAUUAUACCAUGCCCAUUUCAAGUCUAUAUUUCUCGAAAAGAUGAAGUUAUUUCAGAAUUUCUGGGACAGUUAGCUGGCUAACUCAUUGAUCCUGCUUUCUGGAACAGCCCCCAUGGCUGCUCUGUCUAACUUCAUAUACAGAGAUAAUAAGAGAAUAAGACUGGUGAGAUGAACAGGACAUUCAUGGUAGCCUAUACCCUUGUGUUUUAAGGUGUGGAAGGGUAGCUGGAGGGUCAUCCCAUUUCAUGUCUUGCCGGAGUGGCUGAAGGACAACGACUACCUCCUGCAUGGACACCGGCCCCCCAUGCCCUCCUUCCGCGCAUGCUUUGGAAGCAUCUUCAGGAUCCACACAGAAACAGGCAACAUCUGGACCCACCUUCUGGGUGAGUGUGUGAGAUAUCUGAGGAGACUGAAUCCUCACAUGUUGAACCUCACACCAUCGCCUAUAAAGUUGCAGUGAAGCACAAGUCCACGUUACCCACAACUAGAGUACAUUCAGUAGGUCCUAAGUUCAGCAUUCUGCCAUUAAGCAAUGUAUGUAUAGUGCAGUCACUUAUCUAUACUACAUAGCAAAAAAGAGUGCCUCUUCUACACAACACAUGUCCAUAUACAAUGCUCCUGAUUGUGCUCCCCACUGUAUAUACAGUAUGCCACAUAGAGAUCCCUUUCUAUUGCUAAUAUUCAUUUGUUAAGAUAUGCCCUAUAUGAUUACUGGUCCACUAAUGAUGUCCUCACCUCUCCAACCCCCAGGGUUGAUCCUGUUUAUUUGUCUGGGUACGUACACCAUUCUACGGCCCAACAUGUACUUCAUGGCCCCGCUGCAGGAGAAGGUGGUGUUUGGGAUGUUUUUUCUGGGUGCCGUGCUCUGCCUCAGCUUCUCCUGGCUCUUUCACACCGUCUACUGCCACUCCGAGAAAGUGUCUCGCACCUUCUCCAAGUAAGGCCGCAUGCCCCCCUCCCUCUUGCUCACACAUAAAUGUUUUUUUUUCUUCUUUCGAUUAGCUCUCCUGUGUUUCUGAAAAGUAAUGUGACGUUUCAUUUCAUUUAUUUUUAUUUUUAUGUUAAAGUGUCAUUUAAAUGGAUGUUCCUCUUCUAAACUCAGUGUUAUGUUUUCCCUCAGACUUGACUACUCUGGUAUCGCCCUGCUGAUCAUGGGUUCAUUUGUGCCCUGGCUCUACUACUCGUUCUACUGUUCCCCGCAGCCGCGCCUCAUCUACCUCACCAUUGUCUGUGUGCUGGGCAUCGCCGCCAUCAUAGUGGCCCAGUGGGAACGCUUCUCCACGCCCGCACACCGGCCCACACGAGCAGGUGCUGCACCACAUAUUAACCAGCCUGUCAGUGUAUUAUGACAUAGAUGCAGAGCAACGGCAUACAUGUAAAUGUGUUAAUACAACAUACCAUAUAGCUAAAACCAUGAGAAAAUCAUCAGGAAUUGCUUUUUUCUCCUACUUGUGUGUGUGUGUAUAGCUGGUAUAAGUUUGACUAUCUUAUAGGAUCCUAUACUAUGACUGCUCCAGUUGCUCCUGCUUCUACCAACCAACCUUUCCCCACCAUGUCUCCCACAGGAGUGUUCAUGGGCCUGGGACUGAGUGGCAUCGUCCCCACAGUGCACUUCACCAUUGAGGAGGGCUUCGUCAAGGCCACCACUGUGGGACAGAUGGGCUGGUUCUACCUGAUGGGCGCCAUGUACAUCACUGGCGCCGGACUGUAUGCAGCCAGGAUCCCCGAACGCUAUUUCCCCGGCAAAUGUGACAUCUGGGUAAGUGUGUAACAGAGGCUAAAAAUUUAACCCUAUUACAUUUAUACUGCACUACUUUUCACCAGGGCCCAUAGGGGGAUCCCAGGAAGAGUGUGGCUAAUUGGGAUCAUAAUAAAAUACUAAAUAGGGCUCUGGUCAAAAGUAGUGCACUAUAUAGGAUAUAGACUGCCAUUUGGGAUGCAGACGCAGGCUUGUCGCUGGCUCCUGAACUAACCCCAUGUCCUCAUUUAUAUGAUGCUGAUGAUGAUUAUAUAUUAUUAUUAUAAUGUUAUUGUCAUUUUAUGCGAUAUGAGUUACGGUCACACAUGUUCUGCACUGUACUGAACUGUACUGUAGGAAUAUGUGGCCCAUGCAGUAAUCAAAUGCCUAGAACUUUAGUGUUGCAAACACCAUGCUCUAACCAGAGGAGCCUUUGGACAUACUCUGUCUGCGGCCCCCCCCUUAUUCCCUAUUUAGUGCACUACUUUUGACCAGAGCCCUAUGGGAAUAGUGCACUAAAUAGAGAAUAGGGUGCCAUUUGGUAAGCAGCUUCUGACAUCCCUCUCUCCCCAGUUCCACUCCCACCAGAUCUUCCACGUCCUGGUGGUGGCGGCAGCCUUUAUCCACUUCUACGGCGUCUCCAACCUGCAGGAGUUCCGCUACGGCCUGGAGGGCGGGUGCACUGACGACACCCUUCUCUGAGAGGCCCAGCUGUGGCCCCCUCAGCCAUUUCCUAGUCGAUCCCCCUCCCUAUAAAGUGCUACUGGAACACGCAAUGGUCCUCCUUUUCUCCGCCCCUCUUCCCCCCCCCCCCCUGAUUUGCUCAUGUCAUAUUUGGUUUUCUGGUGGUGUUUUUUUCUGCUUUUCUCCAUUAAAGUAGCUUUAGCCAGUGAACUAUAUGGAGGGGCAUCUCAGUGAUGCAGCAGCACUUUUUAAUCAAAAGGGAGCUCUAGGCACCACUUUAGCUCAUGAAGAACAACAGCGGAUUUUGACCAGAUUGAUUACAUGUUCCCUUCAACCUCUGAGAGGCGUAGAGAUAUUGUAAUAUUGUCUCUCUUGGCCUCCAGAGCUUCCCAAAUCAAGCUGUAG